AUGGGCUCAGAUUCACAAUUCAUCAAAUACCCGGACCUCUCUCUGGCACAGCACAUUUUCUCACUCGGCAUUGAGACCCGGACGUCGCAAACAACGUCUUUAAACUACCUUCAAAAUGCGAUCAGAGAACACAAGAUGGCGCCUCUAUAUAGGCAUUUGGCCCACCCUACCGAAGGCAUCCUCAACUCCGUGGGCGAAAGCACAGCACAACCAGCGAUUCCUCCUUUGAAGGCCCCUUCCCGAAGAGCAUCUCUCGUUUCCAGUAAUCUGCUGCCAUCCAAGAAGCUUCUGUCAUCAGGCAUCCUACCCUGGGAUGAGGCAUUGUACGAGGAGCUCAAGGCAGAAAACGACAAGGAAUUGGAGGCGUAUCAGAAAGAGGAAGAGGAGGCCGAAGAAAAGGCCGGUGAAACUGAGAUACAAGCGGUUCGGAGUAAACGUGCCGAGUUCUUCGCUCGAAUUGGCGACAAGGCAAGUAUUCGGAUAGACAAAGCGAUCGCAGCCUACGAGAAUGUCUUUGACAAAACUGGUCCGCUAGGAACCAAAAUCGAUAUUGUCCUGGCCAUUAUACGGAUCGGUCUCUUCUUCAACGACAAAGCAUUCGUGAAAAAGCAGGUCGAGCGUGCAGACAUUCUCGUCGAAGGUGGUGGUGAUUGGGAUCGGAGAAAUCGAUUAAAGGCGUACAAAGGCCUGCACCUCCUCACCAUCCGAUCCUACAACCUCGCCGCCCCUCUACUACUUGACAGCCUCUCUACAUUCACCAGCUACGAGCUCUGCAGUUACUCCUCUCUCGUCGUGUACGCCGUUCUGGCCGGAUCCAACGCUCUCAAACGAGUCGAUUUCAAGGCGAAAGUCGUGGAUGCCCCGGAGAUAAAGGCGAUCUUGGGAGAUGGGGAAGAGAAGGCACCGGGUGCAGAUGAGGAGAUGAAAGACGUUUCCGCGACCACUGCGGAACGGGCCUCGGGAUUGGUAAAUCUGUCCACUUUGGGUACGGGCUCAGCGGUGGAAUCACAAACAGAGACACCAAUGGAUUUUACAUCUUUGGCGGGACUCGUCACCAGCUUGUACAGUGGCAAUUACCGCACCUUCUUCCUCUCCUUGGCUGCGGUGGAAGAGAACUUCUUGACGCAGGAUCGGUAUCUCUAUGAACACCGGGCGUGGUUUGUGCGCGAGAUGCGUCUCCGAGGCUACCAACAACUGCUUCAGUCCUACCGAGUGGUCGGCCUCGCGACAAUGGCACAAGCAUUCGGAGUCAGUGUGGAUUUCUUGGACAAGGACCUGGCCAAGUUCAUUGCGGGUGGUCGGGUGAGCUGCACCAUCGACCGAGUGCAGGGAGUCAUUGAGACCACACGGCCGGAUGACAAGAAUAAGCAAUAUGCCGAUGUGGUGAAACAGGGAGAUGCGCUUAUCACCAAGCUGCAGAAAUACGGCCAGGCUGUGCGGUUACGAGGGAGCGAGCGAGCAUAG